GCCCCGGCGCCCCCCGAGCGAGGGCGGCCCGCCCCGCGCGACGCCGUUUGACAGAUGCUCGUCGCUAUGGAGUUGCCGCAGCAGCACCUUUGGGGGCUCGGACGAGCGACCGGAGGCGGAAUCUGAGCGAGCGCCCGGGCCAACGGAGCCAGAGCCGCCGGGACAUGGAUCUGAUCCCUUCUGAGGACUUCACCACAUCUCCAUUCUUGGGACGUUGAACCCAACAGCUGGACUACGUUUGUUGUUCUUGGAUUUUGCGUGUCCUCUCUUUUGACCUUUUCCCCUUCAUCCCUUCCCCCCUCCCGAGAACUCCUGAAGACUGUAGGAUUAUCAUGGAGUCCAGGGAGAUUUUAAGCAGCUCCCGGCAAAGAGGGAGCGAGUCAGAAUUCCUUCCAGGCUCCUCAUCCAAGUCUCCAACUGCUCCUGGCUGUUCAGGAGAGCCUUUGAAAGGCAUCUCUGUGAGUGGAGAACGCAUGGAGCCAGAGGAAGAGGAUGAACUGGGCUCAGGACGAGAUGUGGAUUGCAACUCUAAUGCGGACAGUGAGAAAUGGGUGGCUGGGGAUGGCUUGGAAGAACAGGAGUUCUCCAUCAAAGAGGCCAACUUCACUGAGGGGAGUUUGAAGCUGAAGAUUCAGACCACAAAGCGAGCUAAGAAACCCCCCAAAAAUCUGGAGAACUAUAUAUGCCCACCUGAGAUCAAGAUCACCAUAAAGCAGUCUGGGGACCAGAAGAUGUCCCGUGCUGGAAAAAAUAGCAAAGCUACAAAGGAAGAAGAAAGAAACCACUCCAAAAAGAAGCUCCUCACAGCCAGUGACCUUGCAGCCAGUGACCUCAAAGGAUUUCAGACGCAGGCUUAUGAGAGGCCCCAGAAACACUCAACGCUCCAUUACGACACAGGCCUCUCACAGGGCUUCACCAGUGACACCUUAAAACCAAAGCACCAGCAAAAAUGCAGCAGCCAGAGCCACAUGGACUGGUCCUCCAACUCUGACAGUGGACCUGCCACUCAGAAUUGCUUCAUCAGCCCAGAUACUGGCAGAGAAGCUGCCAACACCAGCAAGAUCCCAGCUCUUGAACCCGUGGCUUCCUUUGCAAAGGCCCAGAGUAAGAAAGGCAGUGCAGGCAGUACCUGGAGCCAGUUGUCCAGCAGCAGCAAAGACCUGCUCUUGGGAAGUGUGGUACCAUCCCCCAGCAGCCACAGCUCCCCAGCGACCCCUAGCAACUCUGCUGAGUGCAAUGGACUCCAGCCAUUGGGAGAUCAAGAUGGAGGAGGUACAAAGGAGCUCCCAGAACCACCCAAUACUGGCAACAAGAAGAAAUCCAGUAAAAAAGAUGUGAUAAGUCAAACCGUACCGCACUCAGAUCUGGAUUGGGUCAAGAGUGCCCAGAAAGCAUUUGAAAGUCCAGAAGGGAAGAGAGAGGGCUACCCUGCUGACAGUGCUCAAGAGGCAUCACCAACCAGACAGAGCAUCAGUAGUUCCGUCAGCAAUCCUGAAAAUGAUUGCAGUCAUGUCCGGAUUACGAUCCCCAUAAAGACACCUUCUCUGGAUCCAUCCAACCACAAGAGGAAGAAGAGGCAGUCCAUUAAAGCUGUAGUGGAGAAAAUCAUCCCAGAGAAAGCCCUGGCUUCGGGGAUUGCUAUGAGCAGUGAGGUUGUUAGUAGGAUACUUUCCAAUUCAGAGGGAAAUAAGAAAGACCCUCGAGUCCCAAAGUUGGGUAAGAUGAUAGAAAACGAGCCCCCCUCAGUUGGCCUUGAAACAUGUGGGGGUACUGAGAAGAUUGUCCCCGGAGGUGUGUCCAAACAGAGGAAACCACCCUUGGUCAUGACAUCACCAACACGCACAGAGCACUCUCCAUCAGGAAAGCUGCCUGAAAUCCAGCACCCCAAGUUUGCUGCAAAAAGGAGGUGUAGCAAGACAAAGCCUCCGGCUAUGCUUCGAGAGGCCGUCUUAGCUACCGCCGACAAACUGAUGGUGGAGCCGCCAUCCGCUUACCCCAUUACCCCGUCCAGCCCUCUAUACACCAACACGGACAGUCUUACUGUGAUCACACCGGUCAAAAAGAAGCGGGGACGACCAAAGAAACAGCCUCUCCUCACAGUGGAGACGAUUCACGAAGGUACUUCUACCAGCCCAGUCAGUCCUAUCAGCAGAGAGUUUCCCGGCACCAAGAAAAGAAAGAGGCGGCGCAAUCUGGCUAAGUUGGCCCAGUUGGUGCCGGGAGAGAACAAACCUAUGAGUGAGGUGAAGUUUCACAAGAAGGUUGGAAAGCUUGGCGUGCUGGACAAGAAGACCAUCAAAACAAUCAACAAGAUGAAGACACUCAAGAGAAAAAAUAUCUUAAAUCAGAUCUUGUCCUGUUCCAGCAGCGUGGCCCUAAAGGCCAAAGCGCCCCCAGAGACCAGUCCCGGGGCAGCGUCUAUCGAAAGCAAACUGGGCAAGCAGAUCAAUGUCAGCAAGAGGGGAACCAUCUACAUCGGCAAGAAGAGGGGCAGGAAGCCAAGAACAGAGCUGCCGCCCUCAUCUGAAGAACCCAAAACAGCCAUCAAGCACCCCAGGCCUGUUUCCAGCCAGCCGGAUGUUCCAGCCGUGCCUUCCAACUUUCAGUCACUCGUGUCUUCUUCACCAGCAGCUCUGCACCCCCUUUCCACACAGUUAGGUGGGUCCAAUGGCAACCUGAGCCCUGCCAGCACUGAAACCAAUUUUUCAGAGUUGAAAACUAUGCCAAACCUCCAGCCCAUCAGUGCUCUUCCAACCAAAACCCAGAAGGGAAUCCACAGUGGAACCUGGAAGCUGUCCCCACCCAGGCUGAUGGCCAACUCCCCUUCACACCUUUGCGAGAUUGGCUCGCUGAAGGAGAUAACGCUGUCCCCUGUGAGCGAGUCCCACAGCGAGGAGACCAUCCCAAGCGACAGUGGCAUUGGAACAGACAACAACAGCACCUCCGACCAAGCAGAGAAGAGCUCAGAGUCCCGACGGAGGUACUCUUUUGACUUCUGUUCCCUAGACAACCCGGAGGCCCUUCCAUCUGACACCAGCACAAAGAACCGGCACGGCCACCGGCAGAAGCAUCUCAUUGUGGACACUUUUCUGGCCCACGAAAGCCUCAAGAAGCCAAAGCACAAGAGGAAAAGGAAAAGCCUGCAGAACCGUGAUGACCUCCAGUUUCUGGCGGAGCUGGAAGAGCUCAUCACCAAGUUUCAAGUGUUCAGGAUCUCCCACCGGGGCUACACUUUUUACCAUGAGAAUCCGUAUCCCAGCAUCUUUAGGAUUAACUUUGAUCACUAUUACCCGGUGCCAUAUAUCCAGUACGACCCAUUGCUCUACCUUCGUAGGACUUCAGACUUGAAGUCAAAGAAGAAGCGUGGUAGGCCUGCAAAAACCAAUGACACCAUGACAAAGGUGCCUUUUUUACAGGGGUUCAGCUACCCUAUUCCCAGUGGAAGUUACUAUGCACCCUAUGGAAUGCCUUACACAUCAAUGCCUAUGAUGAACCUUGGUUACUACGGUCAGUACCCAGCUCCUCUGUACCUAUCGCACACGCUCGGAGCAGCGUCCCCGUUCAUGAGGCCCACAGUGCCCCCACCCCAGUUCCACACAAGUUCCCAUGUAAAGAUGUCUGGGGCAACUAAACACAAAGCCAAGCAUGGGGUACACUUGCAGGGAACUGUAGGCAUGGGCCUCGGUGACAUACAGCCAUCCCUGAGCCCGCCCAAGGUGGGCGGGGCCACUCUGUCCAGCAGUAGGCUCCACAAGAGGAAACACAAACACAAGCGCAAGCACAAGGAAGAGCGACUCCUAGGGACCCACGACAACCUGAGUGGUCUCUUCGCAGGCAAGGCCACAGCCUUCUCCAGCCACCUCCUGAGUGAGCAGCUCAACAGUGCGGACAAAGAGCUCCCAUUGGUGAGCGAGAAGACCAAGCAAAAGGAGAGGCCGAAGCACCAGCAUGGUGACGCCAGCCACAAGGUUUCCAAGAACAGCUUUGAGGUGGACACCCUGUCUACGCUCUCACUCUCUGAUGCCCAGCACUGGACACAGGCCAAGGACAAAGGUGACUUAAGUAGUGAGCCUGUGGAGCCGUGUGCUAAAAGGUACUCCGGCAGCAGCGGGGACAGUGGCAGCACGAGAUCGGAAAGUCUAGAUGUGUUCAGUGAAAUAAAUCCUUCCGGCGACAAGUGGGACAGUGACGUGAGUGGGAAUAAGAGGAGGAGUUUUGAAGGCUUUGGGGCAUACAGGGAAAAGGACAUCCAAGCCUUCAAGGUGACCCGCAAGGAGAGAAGUCCCUAUGAGUCCUCCAUGUCUCCAGGGAUGCCAAGUCCCCACUUAAAAGUGGACCAGACGGCAGUACACAGUAAGAGCGAGGGCUCAGUAGCCACCAUGAUGGCCAGGAAGAAGCCAACUGCUGGGGACAGUGUUGCAAUCCCCUCAGCCCCUGUGUUAUCUCUCCUCGCUGCAUCUGCAGCAACAUCGGAUGCAGCCAGUUCCUCCCUGAAGAAGCGAUUCAAAAGGCGGGAGAUCGAAGCCAUCCAGUGCGAAGUGCGGAAGAUGUGCCAUUACACCAAGCUUCUGUCCACCAAGAAGAAUUUGGACCACGUGAACAAGAUCCUGAAGGCCAAGCGGCUGCAGAGACAAUCAAAGACUGGCAACAACUUUGUCAAGAAGAGGCGAGGCCGGCCUCGGAAGCAGCCCACCCAGUUCGACGAGGACCCCAGAGACCAAAUGCCAGUGCUGGAAAAGUGCAUCGACCUACCCAGCAAGAGAGGCCAGAAGCCCAGCCUGAGCCCCCUUGCGCUGGAACCCGCCUCUGGCCAGGAUGCGGUGAUGGCCACAAUCGAGGCUGUCAUCCACAUGGCCCGGGAGGCGCCACCGCUACCAGCGCCUCCGCCUCCACCGCUGCCGCCGCCCCCACCUCCGCCACCACCGCCCCCGCCGCUGCCCAAGACUGCACGGGGCGGGAAGAGGAAACAUAGACCUCAGCCCCCAGCGCAGCCUGCGCAACCCCCGCCGCAGCCCCUUCCCCAGGAAGAGGAGGUGAAGGCCAAAAGGCCUAGAAAGUCCCGCGCCAGCGAGAGCGAUGUCCUUCCCUAGGGCGGGCCUGAGUGG